UUAUAUCAAUUCCAAAGCCGGUUUCGAAGUCAGGAACUGGGUAUCAAACUCAAAGAACGUUCUGCAUCAAUUGGGCGAAAAGAUGUUGGAUAAGGAAGUGCACUUCCAUCGUGAUAAGGAGUCUGAUUACGAACGUGUGUUAGGCAUAGUGUGGAACACCGUUGAAGAUGUUUUCACUUUUUCCACGAAAAUGCGAGACGAUCAAGUGACAUACGUAUCUGAGGGAAAGCGACCAACGAAGCGUUUAGUCCUAAGCUGUGUGAUGAGCCUCUUCGACCCGCUGGGAUUACUAGCGCCGUUUACUACAUAUGGAAGAACCUUAAUACAGAGUUUGUGGCGGACAGGGUGUGAAUGGGAUGACCUGAUCGACGACGAAUCGUUUGGUAAAUGGAAGUUAUGGAUCAGCUACUUGUCGACGAUUGGAAGCGUGAAGAUUCCUCGGUUCCACUUCGUCGGAGCAGAGGUGCUGGAACAUGAGUCGCUACAGCUUCACGUGUUCACAGACGCUAGCGAAUGCGCUUAUGGGUGCGUUGCGUAUUUUCGAAUUAUUGCUAACGGAGCUCCCAUUUGUUCCUUAGUUCAGGCAAGAUCAAAAGUGGCGCCACUGAAACCAACCACCAUCCCUCGUUUGGAACUGAUGGCUACCGUUCUAGGGGCUCGAAUGGUCCAAAAUAUUAAAGAAAACCAUACCCUAGAGAUAAGAAAGGUGUUUCUGUGGACCGACUCCCGCACUGCUCUUUCGUGGAUAGUGUCCGAUGCUAAAAAGUACAAAAUAUUUGUUGCCUUGAGGAUUGGAGAUAUUCUUACUAGAACAGCAUUAUCUGAAUGGCAUGGGGUGCCAACAAAGCUCAAUGUAGCGGACGAGCUAACUAAAUGGAAUAAUGGACCACAGUUAGAUUCGAAUGGACGAUGGUUCAAAGGUCCGUCAUUUUUGUACGAGUCGGAGGAUCAUUGGCCUGAGCAACCGGCCAAAACGACAGAUAUCAACGAAGAACUUCGAGCAGUAUUCAUGUUCCAUGAUCUGGAAGCACCUACGCAGUUGAUAGACGUAAGAAGAAUUUCCAAAUGGAACGUUUUAGUACGAACACUGGCUUGUGUUUUACGCUUUGUUUCUAACAUUCGCCGGAAACAAAAACAGGAGCCUAUCGAAGCAGUGUCAGCUCCAGGAAAAGUGAAGGACUGCAUCGUGAAGGCGAUUCCAGCUGUGAAAAGAUUAUUAACAAAAGAAGAGUUUCAAAUGGCGGAGUGUCAGCUAUGGAAGAUGGCUCAAGGAGAUCGAUAUGCAGCAGAAAUCAGGAUUCUACAGAGAGGUGAAGAAACAAAGAAGGGAGGUGUAUCCAUGGAUAAGGACAGUGAUUUAUUCAAACUCUCGCCAGUUUUGGAUGAACACAGCGUUAUUCGCAUGGAGGGCAGGACAAACCAAGCAGAGUUCUUGCCUUUCGAGAUGAGAUUCCCCAUCAUUUUGCCCAAAAAACAUCCAAUCACCGUUAAACUGAUCGAGCACUAUCAUCAGAAGUUUGGUCAUGCAAAUCGUGAGACAGUAGUGAAUGAAUUGAGGCAAAGAUUCUACAUUCCACAUUUGAGGGUUGAACUUCGGAGUGUUAUGCGAGCUUGUACCUGGUGUAAAGUUCACAAAUGUCAACCAAGGAUUCCACGAAUGGCACCAUUGCCGAUACAGCGACUCACUCCAAACAUGCGUCCAUUCAGUUACACGGGGAUAGAUUAUUUCGGUCCGAUAAUGGUAACAGUUGGCCGACGUUCGGAAAAACGUUGGGUCUGCCUUUUUACUUGUUUCGCAACAAGAGCAGUUCAUCUCGAAGUGGCGCAUACUCUGUCUACGCAAGCUUGCUUGAUGACGAUUCGGAGAUUCGCAUGUCGACGUGGUAUGCCGAUAGAAUUUUUUUCGGACAAUGGAACAAACUUUGUUGGAGCGAGUAAGGAGAUGGCGAAGAAGAUAAAUGUCGACUGCUGCGAAGCAUUUACAGAUGCGAGAACCAAAUGGAACUUUAACCCUCCCUCCGCACCACACAUGGGUGGGGCGUGGGAAAGAUUGGUUCGUUCAGUAAAGGAAGCUAUGAAGGUUUUCGAAGAUGGAAGGAAACUUUCCGAUGAGAUGCUGUUAACAACGUUAGCUGAGGCAGAGGACAUGAUCAACAGCAGACCUUUGACUUAUGUUCCGUUGGAGUCAGCUGAAAACGAAGCUUUAACUCCCAACCACUUCGUACGCGGGUUCCCGUCCAAUGGAGCAGAACAUGAACACUUGCCAACUGUAGAUGCAGAAGCAUUGAGAGACAGUUAUAAACGGUCGCAAAAGUUAGCAGAAAAGUUAUGGCAGCGUUGGUUAAUGGAAUAUCUGCCGACAAUCAAUAGACGAUCGAAGUGGUUCGAGGAAACAAUCGACAUUAAAGUGGGAGAACUGGUGUACUUAGCAGAUAGUGAGAAUCGUAAGUGCUGGGUACGAGGAGUUGUUGAAGAAGUAAUCAAAGGAGCAGAUAAUCGUGUUAGACAAGCUAUUGUACGUACCUCUAAGGGUACUUACCGACGACCAGUGACAAAAUUGGCGGUGCCAGAGAUUCGAUCUGGUAAUUCUGGCUUGUCGGAACCUGCGCCAGAGUUACAGGGUGGGGCUGUUGAGGCACCGCUGGCAACCUUGCAGUAACUGCACUAUCACAGCGAUACAACGAAACGUCAGAUCAGCAAGGUGCAUCGUCAUGCUAGGAGACGAUAACAAACGUGAACAAGUCGGUGAUAUUUUCUAGAAAGAUUUCGGUAUCAAAGUGAUUACUCAGUCUGCAUUUAUUGCAUUAAUUGUUGCACAAAUUGAAAUAAUUUGUCACCGUGAACAGCUAAGCUGUAAAUAGCUGGUAAAGAGGAUUAGCGAGGAGAAUCAUUUGAGUUAAGGGGAAACUAGUCAUUUUUGAGCUGCUCGAGAACAAACCCCAGCUGCUACGAAAACUCAGUUCUACCCUACCACAACACUAGUAGAACGCUAUUGAAUUUUUUUUUGAUUGGACGUUCGGUUACCGCGAUAUCUUUCAAAGAGUGCUAGGGAGUAGUACAACUUAAUUAUUUUAGAUAUUUUUGACAAAGUGUAUCACCAUAAAUUUCUCAGCCGUCUAUCAACCGAAUCGGGUUCUUAAGGAUCGAAACGAAAGCUACUGCACCCUAGAAGAACGCUUUUGAAUUUCAUUCCGAUUGGACAUUUUGUAACCGAGAUAUCUUUCGGGGAGUACUUUGGAGUAAUACAACUUAACUUUUUAAGAGGUCUUUGACAAAAUGCUUCAUAAUAAAUGAAUCAGCCGUGUGUCAAUCGAUUUGAGUUCUCUCAGCAUCAAAUGAAAGCUACAGCAUCCAAGUAGUAUGCUAUUAAAUUUUAUGCCGUUUGGACAUUUUGUUUCCGAGAUAUCUUUCCACGAGUACUAAGGAGUAAUGAAAUUUACGCUUUUGAGAGAUUUUUGAUAAAAUGUAUCAUAAUACAUUUCUCAGCCGUUUGUCAACAGAUUUUUCAUGAUCAUAUUUGGUUACACAAGUUAGUUAUACAUAAAAAUGCAAUUGCAUCAAAUACAUAAAAGCUACUAUCUCUUUGUUAUAUUUGAGCUUAAUAAACAGUAGCAAAAAUAUCACGGAAUGUAGAGUAAUGCGGGGCAAAAGUUCGCACCUAACAGACUUCACAAAAUAGCUAUUAAACGAAAAGAAAAUAAUAUCGUUUUUCUUCGUUAAACGGGUCCCUAUCAUGUUGCCUUCAAAACGUAGUACUAGAUUUUUUCGCGUUCUUUUCGUAGUUUCAGUAAUACAAUUUUUAAUGCAAGUACUCCAAUGCGAACUUUUGCCCCAUAGUGGGGGCAAAAGUUCGCAUUAUGCGGGGCAAAAGUUCGCACGUUGAAUAGCAUAGUUUAUUGGUGUGAUGUUCAUUUAUUUCAUGGUAAUUCAUGUUCGUCCUUUCACUUUAGCCGUGAAAUCUGUUUCUUUCUGUUCUUAGCUUUACGGCCCAACUGGAAUACGAUCUGGUGUUCAGCUUUGGAAUACAAUGUAUUUUAUGAAGACUUCCACAACUACUAACAAGAAGCUGUCCUUUCCUGCAUAACUGAAGUUAUCAAAAUACAUUGUGGGGUAAUCAUAGAGAUACGUGUUGCACAAAAUACAUUUAAAAAAAUCAAAUAUGCUGCAAAACUAUUGAACGGGACCGUAAUCGAAUCUUAUCCCCGUCAGUAUGGUGAUGAAUUAUAACUGUGAAUUUACAAACUAAGCUAUGAAAGACCCCGGUAAAGUAGAAGAACAUAACAUGACCUGCAGAAACAUAUGAAAAGACACGACGAGGAUGACGAAGAAAAUGUUUUAAAAUGUUUUUUAGCCAUUUUUCAUUUCUUGAUUUAAAUGGGUGAACAUAAUGUUUGCCUUACAAUGGAUCUUCUUACAAAACAAAGUUCAAACCCUCUGCCGGAACGAUUUCAGGGUACAUACUACACAUAUUAUACACAUAUAGUAGUUUCUAUACGAAACCAUCAUUACUGCAAAGAUUCUGUAAUUUUAUUGAUGUACUACAUUCAGAAAGCUAGUGCGAACUUUUGCCCCACAGCUACUGCGAACUUUUGCCCCACCGUCAAGGUUUUAACAAUGUCCCUUUCUGCAAGAAGCACUAGUAGUUUAUUGUUUAUUUGAGUGCACCUCUUGAACUACUAUGGAAUAACAAUUCUCCGACAUCAAGAGAUUUUGAGAUUCUUCUUCUUCCUGCUACUACAAAUUCUUAUUCCAAAAAGCCCAAAAAAUCUAUCAAAACACCUAGAAACACAUUUUUUCGCAUAACUCUGCCACACCAUAACGAAAUCCUUCCAUUUUUUGUUGACGAGUAACUGGCCUGAUUAUGUGUCGAACCCAUGCAAAUUUGUUUGGGUUCUUAACUCGUGUUCAGAAAAAGACCCACUGCGAACUUUUGCCCCGUGCGAACUUUUGCCCCGCAUUACUCUAUG